CCCCUCUGGGCCCUUGCACGUCUUUCGCCCGCUCCACAGUGUGUGCCUUGUACCCGUAAUGAUAGCGGUACCUGAGGGUACUUUGCCACGUCCCCCACAUGGAAAAGAACCCCUGCAACCCUUGCAACCUGGCACCAUGUAUUGCAUCCUCGCAUCAAGUUUGCACAGAUCUCUUAGGUUCUGGUCGGUGCGUGGUGCGGUUCCGCGAGAACCCUCCAGUUCCAAGCCUCAGGCAUCAUGCAGUGCCUGCUCGUUUGCCUCAACGACAACACCACGAAGCGCCAGAAUUUCACGACGUCUCAAUGUCGAGACAUUCACGGGGCCGCCAUCCCGCCGCCAGCUCCGUUCCCUCCCGCACCUCCUGGCCCGCCACUAUCAAUCGAGCCCCAGCUAGCUUGCCGUCCCUCUCGGGGCAGAAGUGCCAGGCAAUCCCGGCGUGGGGGAAAGGAGGGGGAGGGGAGGGUGAGCAAUCUAAUAUUCAAUUUGUGACGAGUCCGGCGGUCCCGGUUUUCCUGGUCCUGUUGCUUGAGCCUCAAUGGAGACAAACGACGUCUGUUGGCGGAAUUCCCUGGACUCGGAACGACAGGAUCUGCGCGUAGUUGCAGGCAGUGAAGUGUCGUGUCCGAUCUCUUCUUGUUGCCAGAAACCCCCCUUCUCGGAGACGUGAUUUCGUCCCAUGAUUUCGUCCUAUGUAACAUGAAAUAACACGCCUCACUGCACGUGAAGGAUAGGUAUGUUGAAGGAGGCUUGACUGCAACAUCGAAAGCACUGGCCGUCUGGUUUAUCUUUUCUCUGAAAGAAAAGCCCGGCUUUAGGUUCCUGCAGGAAGGGGCAGAGACAGAUCUGCCAAUCUCUUCAAAGCAAACACACACUGGGUUGCAGAAGCGGCGGGCACAACGACUGGCCCAUGGCUUUUCUU